UGCCCGCCCUCCGGCCGCGGCGCUGGGAACCGGGCUCCGCGCGUCCGGGGCGGCUGGCGGCGCGGGCAGGCGGGCAGAGAGGACAGGCUAGGGGCGGCGACAGCGAGGGGCCGCGCGCGGAGGGCGCCUGGUGCAGCAUGGGCGGCCCGCGGGCUUGGGCGCUGCUCUGCCUCGGGCUCCUGCUCCCGGGAGGCGGCGCUGCGUGGAGCAUCGGGGCAGCCCCGUUCUCCGGACGCAGGAACUGGUGCUCCUAUGUGGUGACCCGCACCGUCUCAUGCCAUGUGCAGAAUGGCACCUACCUUCAGCGAGUGCUGCAGAACUGCCCCUGGCCCAUGAGCUGUCCGGGGAGCAGCUACAGAACUGUGGUGAGACCCACAUACAAGGUGAUGUACAAGACAGUGACUGCCCGUGAGUGGAGGUGCUGCCCUGGGCACUCGGGAAUGAGCUGCAAGGAAGGUUCCUCUGGCUCCUUGGAGCCCAUGUGGUCGGGCAAUACCAUGCGGCGUAUGGCACUUCGGCCCACGGCCUUCUCAGGUUGUCUCAACUGCAGUAAAGUGUCAGAGCUGACAGAGCGGCUGAAGAUGCUGGAGGCCAAGGUGGCCAUGCUGACUGUCACAGAGCGGCCAGCGCCUCCAACACCAGCUACCCCUGAGGACCCUGCCCCACUCUGGGGCCCUCCUCCUGCCCAGGGCAGCCCCGGAGAUGGAGGCCUCCCGGAACAAGUCGGUGCUCGGGGGCUGCCCGGGCCCACCGGCCCCAAGGGAGAUGCCGGCAGCCGGGGCCCAAUGGGGAUGAGAGGCCCACCAGGUCCACAGGGCCCCCCAGGGAGCCCUGGCCGGGCUGGAGCUGUGGGUAACCCUGGAGAGAGGGGACCUCCUGGGCCACCAGGGCCUCCUGGCCCCCCUGGGCUCCCAACCCCUGUUGGGCCACCCCACACCUGGAUCUCCCAGCAUGGAGACCCACUGCUGUCCAACACCUUCACUGAGACCAACAACCACUGGCCCCAGGGACCCACUGGGCCUCCAGGCCCUCCAGGGCCCAUGGGUCCCCCUGGGCCUCCUGGCCCCACAGGUGUCCCUGGGAGUCCUGGACACAUAGGACCCCCAGGCCCAACUGGACCCAAAGGAAUCUCUGGCCACCCAGGAGAGAAAGGCGAGAGAGGACUGCGUGGGGAGCCUGGCCCCCAAGGCUUUGCUGGGCAGCGGGGGGAACCUGGCCCCAAGGGAGACCCUGGUGAGAAGAGCCACUGGGGGGAGGGGUUGCACCAACUACGCGAGGCUUUGAAGAUUUUAGCUGAGAGGGUUUUAAUCUUGGAAACAAUGAUUGGGCUCUAUGAACCAGAGAUGGGGUCUGGGGCAGGCCCUGCCGGCACAGGCACCCCCAGCCUCCUUCGGGGCAAGAGGGGCGGACAUGCAGCCAACUACCGGAUCGUGGCCCCCAGGAGCCGGGAUGAAAGAGGCUGAGGGCGGUGGCGGCCCCUGGGGCAGACCAGGCCAGGCUUCCCCUCCUACCUGGACUCGGCCAGCUGCCUCCAGGGACCGCCCGUCCAUAUUUAUUAAUAUCCUCAGGGUCCCUUCUGCCAUCUAGGCCUUAGGGGUAAGCAGGUCUCAGUCCUGGCACCAUGCACAUGUCUGAGGCUAAGCAGGGGCUGAGAGGAGAGGCUUGGGCCUCAGUUUCCCUCUGUGAAGUGGGGGGAGGCAGGCCUUCAAGGACGGGUAGAGGUACAAGGCUUUGUCUCAUCUGCUGUCUGAGUAUCCAGGCCCAAAGGCACUGAGGGAGUCAGGAGUUGGGGCUUAGCACAUGCAGGGAUGACAGGGCAGGGAGCAGUCUUCCUCCCUCUCCUCCCCAACCAAACCUCGGGGAGCCCUCCUGUGCCCCUCCCUCCUUGUUGUCCAGUGCUGGGUUCCCCACCCCAAGGUCAAGCUGCCCAAUCCUCUGACUGGAUCACCAGGGGCUUCUUGCCUCAAUUCUCCUCUCUGAGCCCCCAGGCCCUCCCACAUCUCAGGUUGGGGAUGGGGACAUGGAGAGGAAGGGGCUGCCUGCUCCCACAAAUGCUUGUGACAGAUGCCAGGAGGUAGAUGUGUGCUGGCCAAUAAAGGCCCCUACCUGAUUCCCCGCA